UUCACAUCACCAAAGCAGAACGCAUCACUGAUUCUUCAUUUUUAUGGAUGCUGUAAAUCUAAGACAAAGCAAAGCCAGGCAACUCCCACGGUAGCCCUUCAUGUCUGCAAACAGCAGUUCAGAGUGCAGCCAAACACAGCCAUCUGACAACGCGUGCCAAACUACAGCAGAUGCAGGCGCUGUGGAAACUCCAAGUUCAAAGGCUCCCUCCACGACUGAGGGAAGCGAUGUAGCGCAAGCAGCAAGUACAGACAGGCAAGCUUCGCCCCACAACGCUGCAGAUGACGCCGGGCUCGGUAGCCAUGACCCCGCGCCAAGCGUUAUCAGUAGUGACAAAGCGGUGUCCAACACGCCGGUCACCUCCUCACAAGGGCCAUCUCCGCCCAGUACUGCGACGGCCUGCGGUGGUGGUCCGGGGGUUCAGGCAAGCGUGUCACCCGUUCAGGUUGGUCCGACUAGUAGUGUUGCCUCUCCUCGUCUCUCAGUGCCAAAGACCCAGACGACUACUCCCACUCAGCCAACUACUGCGAAGACUAUCGCUCCGACUCCUCCGAGGACACCUGCACCUGCACCUGCACCCAAAACCAGCGUGGCCAUGGUAAGGCCCCCACAAACCGCUUCAGUCCAGCUUCCUGCAACAUUCCAGAUCCCGCCAGGUAUGGUGCUGGUGCGUAGUGACAGCGGGCAGCUAAUGCUCGUAUCCCAGCAGGCUUUAGCGCAGGCUCAGAGAGUCGUCAACAACACAGGCCUGGUCCAGCCAUCUGCAGCCACAGUCAUCAGGAAGCCAGGAUCUGCCCCGAUCAUCAGAGUCUGCUCCCCUCUCAGCACUCCCAAGGCCACCUACGCCAUGGGGACCAUUCCACCAAGGCCUAGCUCCACCACAGGGCCUGCCUUACAGAGGCCCUGCAAUGCUGUGGGGAGGGUUGCAUACAGGCCCACCACAGCUGUGGGGACCAGCAUGCAGAGGCCCAGCUCCACCAUGGGGACCAUCAUGCAGAGGCCCAGCUCUGCCGUGGGGACCAUUCCCCAGAGAGCCAGCUCUGCCAUGGGGACCAUUCCCCAGAGAGCCAUCUCUCCUGUAGGAACUGUCCCCCAGAGACUCAGCUCAGCUGUAGGAGCAACUCGUCAACACAUCACCUCCACGACAGGAGCCACCAUCAUUAAGGCUUCAGUAGCUGGACUCACCUCCUCUCCAGCUGUGAUUCAGGCGAGCCGCCCAGGAGGUCUUGCCCCCCGAAUUCUUUCAACGAAUGUCCCCACCAAACCCAAGACCACUCCCUCAGACGCAGUUUCUUUGCAGACCAUUGAGAACGUGAAGAAGUGCAAGAACUUCCUGGUGACGCUGAUGAAGCUGGCCUCCAGUGGCGGUCACUCCUCAGACAUGGGCAUGAACGUCCGCAACCUGGUCAAAAGCCUGCUGGAUGGGAAACUUGAAGCAGAGGAGUUCACAGAGAAACUUUACGCUGAGCUGAAAUCAUCUCCACAGCCGUACUUGGUGACAUUCCUGAAGAGGAGUCUCCCUGCCGUGCGGCAGCUCACCCCAAACUCCCAGCUCUUCAUCCAGCAGUGUGAGCAGCCCAGUACCUCGGCCACCCCUCCUGCCCAGCCGUCCACCUCCGGUCAGCCAGCGAGGCCCGCUCAGCUGGUGAUUCAGCCCCAGCAAACUGUGGUCAUCAAGAAGCCUGUGACCUCACAUCCUUUUGCCCAGGGAGGGGGUGUGGCCAAACACUUUGUGCUCCAGACCAGCAGAACCCCCACCACAGGUGUGAUAGUGGGGCCGUCAGGACAGAGCCGAAAGUCGCACCCCGCGUCAUCACUGCCCACUCUAAAUCUCAGCUUUAAGGAGAGCACCGGCACCUUCCGGGAUGAAGAUGACAUCAAUGAUGUGGCAUCCAUGGCCGGCGUGAGCAUUAGCGAGGAGAGAGCCCGUAUCCUGGCAACCGGGGCAGAGUCGGUUGGACUGGUCGUUAGGUCUUGCCGAGACGAGCCCUUUCUUUGUCCCACUGCCUUGCGGACACGCAUUACUCGUACAGCCCUGUCUGUGGGUGUGUGUGGUUUGGAGGGAGAUGUUGUGGGUCUGGUGUCCCAUGCUACUGAGGAACGGCUCCGAGACCUGCUGGGGAAACUCUCAGUCACUGCACAACACCGCCACCUGCAGUUGAAGGACUGCUGGCAGUACCAGCAGGUGACCGAUGUUCGGAGUCAGCUGCGCUUCCUGGAGCAGGUGGAGCGACUGCAGCAGCAGCGCAGGGAUGAGGAGGAGAGGGAGAUGCUGCUCCGCAUCGCCAAGAGUCGGUCCAGCAGGGAAGACCCUGAACAGCAGGGUCUCAAGCAGAAGGCAAAGGAGAUGCAGCAGCUGGAGUUGGCUCAGGCCCAGCACAGGCAGGCUAACCUGGCAGCUCUCGCCGCCAUCGGCCCCCGCAGGAAGCGCCCCCUGGAGGUCAGCAGUGUUGUGGGCCAGAGGAGCACGUCCAGGCCUGUGACGCGGGUCACUCUCAGGGAUCUGAUCUGCUGUAUGGAACAGGACUCCCAUCUGUCCCGCUCCCUUCUCCUCUACAGCGCCAUGCUCAAGUGACCCCUGGACACACACACACACACACACACACACACACACAGGACUCCCAUCUGUCCCGCUCCCUUCUCCUCUACAGCGCCAUGCUCAAGUGACCUCUGACCUCUGGACACACACAGCUGCCCAGCACUGCCAUUGUACAGCACUUUAUAUUUAUUUGAUUAUUAUUAUUAUUA